UUGGACGUUUGUUUGUAUCUUUCCCGGAUGCUUAGUUUUGCUUUCCGUGUCCAACGUGGUAUUUUGGUUGCUUCUCAUAAAAAGUAUUCCAUCAACGUUCGUUGGUGGCCCAACCUUCAGAAUCCAUGGGAGGAGGCGUCCAGAAGUCAAAGCUCAAAACUUCAAGUUCCGAAAGUACCGUUUGACAUUUCAAAGGAUGAUUUCGAAUGGGUGAGGAAAGUCAUAACCAUAAAUGAUAUCCCACUCCCAAACGAGAACAUCAAUUCGGCCACCCCAAGUGGAUGGGUGCCUCCUAAUCCCGAAAUUUCCAAGAACUACAGCUACUCUGUUCGGCGAUCCAAGAACCAUAUGCUCCCAGUUUACUACAAGCAAAAGGAACGGAAAAAGGCAGAACGUUCUCAUGGCACACGCAACCUGACAAUCAUUAGACAUAUCGAUGGUGAUAUGUGGGCUCUUGCCGAGGACCUUCGUCAGUUGCUACAACCGAAGUGUGACGGAGGGCUGUUCCUUUGCCAAGUGGAUGAGGCUACAAGGCAGAUAAAGAUGGAGGGGAUCUUCUUGGAAGAGGUUAGCAGCUUCCUGCUUAGUUGCGGGUUUUGA